AUGGAGAAAUACACGAAAAUACGUGUGCUUGGGAAAGGUAGCUUUGGCAGUGCCAUCCUCAUCAAGCGGCGCAGCGACAAUGCCCUUCUCGUCAUCAAGGAGGUCUUUUUGGGAAAGAUGAGUAAAAAGGAACGAGAGGAAGCACGUCACGAGUGCCGUCUGUUGCAGCAACUAAGCCACCCGAACAUUGUACGCUACGUAGAGCACUUUGAAAACCGAAAUAACUUAUACAUUGUAAUGGAAUACUGCGAUGGGGGCGACCUUCACGCCAAAGUCAAAUUGGGGCCCAUGAAGGAAUCUACCAUCUUGUACUAUUAUUCACAGGUCUGCCUUGCGAUGGAAUAUCUGCAUUCACGUCACAUUCUUCACCGUGAUAUCAAGGCAAUGAACGUGUUCCUCAUGAAAAAUGGAUCUGUCAAACUGGGGGACUUUGGCAUAUCUACCGUAUUGCGCAACACAAUGGGCAUGGCGAACACAGUGUGUGGCACACCGUACUAUUUCUCGCCUGAAAUAUGUCGCAACAAACCGUACAAUAACAAAUCGGAUGUGUGGGCACUUGGUGUUCUUCUUUAUGAGCUGGCCACGGGGAAGCAUCCAUUCGACGGGAAUAGUAUGCAGCAACUAAUGCAGCGCAUUGUAAAAGGUUCCUAUGCGCCAUUACCGUCGCACUUCUCCCCUGAUUUUCGCAAAAUGGUGGACUGGUGCCUGCAGAAGGAUCCUUCACGUCGACCCAGUAUCAGACAGACGCUCUCGCUUCCUAUUAUACGGCAUUCACUCGAACAACUUGAGGAAAAUCUUAUGCUCGCCACCCAAUGUAAGGUACGGCUUAAAGACAUUAUAGAUUUUGAGGUUGGAGGGGAGAAUAAUAAUGCCAACAACAAUAAUGCGGCCUGGGAACAAGUGAAACAGGGGCGAGAUCCGCAGCGGUAUCCGUCGCCAUCUUCUAAGCCAUUAGAAAUGUCCCCCGGGAAAGCGGCAGCCUUGGCGAUGGCUCAUCAACAAAAUGAACAUCAACAAGCACCACAUCGAUCUCCGCAACGCCUGUCGCCAGGUGCCGAAGCUGCCGUGGAGGCUCUUGCGCAACGUCCUGGAGGAAACUUUGCACUUCUUGGUCCUAAACCCGGCGCGGCGCCUUUGGCUGUUGACCACAACCGCAUUGAAAACUACCGACGAUAUUUGUUGCAGCACUAUCAAAAAGAGGCGAAUGAUAACAAAGAUGUCGCUCCUGCUCCUGGCGGCAAUGGUAAUGGUGUUGGUGGGGGUGUUUCUCCCGCCUAUGCACCCCAACCAGUUCCAGCACUUCCUUUUCUUCGACAACAACCGCAACAACAGCUGCAGCCGCAGCAACGGAAUUUAGCGCCAGCUGCUGUGGAACAUCGAAACCAGAAUCCGAAUGACUCACCCAGGCAAAAGGUUGCGGGGAACGGCGCCGGUGCUGAGGGUUUCAAGGAGCGAAUGCAACGUAUUGACGCCAUCAUGCAGCGGUACGCCCAAAAUGUAGACCCCAAAUCGCGUGAGACAAUUCAAGCAUACAUGAAGCGCAAACAAGAGGAGUACUUGCAGCGGCAGAAGUUAAAACAAGAGCGUAUUCAGCAAAGAGAGGAAAUGCGAAGGAAGGAGAUUGCGAAGGUUAUUGAACAUCAAAAUAUCAUUGCUCGAGGCGACUUGUUGCAUCAACAGCGACAGCAGCAGCAGCAGCAACAACAACAACAGAAAGUGGCUCACCAAAAUCCUCUGGCUGUGCAAGUCCCUUUUGCUGCUGCUAAUUGUUCUCCAUACUCACCACGGAAACAACAGCAACAACAACACGCUGUAUUUGGGCGUGAUCCGCGGUUUGUGCAUCGACCCGUUAAGGAAAUGGAAUCACCUACACCUUUGCAACGAGCCGAACCUAUUAGAAAUAACAAUAAUAAUGCUAACAGGCGACGACAUGAGGCUGCCGUACCGGGCAAAAAGAAAGUUUUUGCAGCGAAUUCUAUUCCUGUGGUUGCGUCCCCCAGGAGCCGGCAGCAUCCGUCGUUUGAUCCGUCGCCACGAGAGGAUGAGGCCCGAUCUCCUCAGCCGGCUGCUGUCGCUGCUGGGGCCGCUGGCGUCAAGGGUGGCGACAAAAACGUCAACAUGAACAGGAGGUUGAGCCCUCCACAGUUAGUUGGUGGAGGGGCGGGUUUGGUUCCUUCAACGAAAGGUGGGAGAGUCGCGGACACGGGUGCCCCUCGACCUUAUCCGUCAGCAGCAAGGGGACCUCUACCCAUGUUUCAACAAGCAAGACCGCAGGGAAUGCUGCGUCUUGUUUCCGCACCGGUUCUUCCUUCGCCUGUGGCGGGCUCUCAUGCUAACCGUGAAGAUGCUGAGGAGAACGAUGAAAUUAACAAAGGGAAGAAGGCUGCUGCACCCACACGUUGCCCAGCAAAUAGGCUUGUACGUCGCAGCAGUGUCCCAUUGCAUUCUCAUAUUGACGAUCCAAACGCACCGAAUGCAAAGCCUUUUAGUUCACCAGUCGUCGGGAACAAACAAAUGAUUCGGCCUACGGCUGCCGCCGGGUUUAUGCCACAGGGCGUAUCACCUCCACAGCGUCAUCUUCAGGGGUUCCUGUCGCCGGUCAAUUCUCCCCGAAAGGGCUUGAUGGUCUUGGGGUCAAAACCAUCCCUGAUUUCGAAAGAGGAUUUGCCUGCUGGAGUGGAGGAUCGUCGUCAAUAUGAGCAAAGGCGUCGGCAACUUUUGCAAAAUGCGGAUAUGAAGCUUUUUCAGGAGGAGCGACCUGAGAGAGCUGAUGGUGCAUUGUUGCUUCAAGCCCCAAACACCGGUUUAGAAGCUCCCGCUAACAAUAAUAGGAGAAAGAGCAGUAAUAGUCAACUUGUCGAUGCCAAGGCACCUUUGCGCUUGGAUGUAGCGUCUAUGCUGGCCAAAGAAAAUCGGGUUGAUGAGAAACCACGGAAAAAAGAAGUACCACCGCCAAUUGCUCUCGCUCCACUUCAAAUACGACAAAUGCAGCCAUCAUUUCCGCAGUGUAGUUCCCCAAAUUUUAGUUCUUCACCAUUUAAAGGAAAUGGGGCACUGCCCGCAAAUACUGCUCGGGCUGCGGGUGCGAAGCAGUGUGUGCCGCAAAGCACCGGUGCCGCUGUGGCCCAAUUACAACUUGGAAUUGGGCAAAUGCCAGCUGUUCUUGGCGUCAAGAUGCCUCCACAGUCACGUGAACCGCCAGUAGCAGGAGCGGUGCGUCGUGAGAGUUUCAGCCAUAACAACUCACAAGGGGAGGGGCUACCGAUUCUCCUCGAUAUUGGUUACGGCUUUUCCUCACCUCGAGAGGAUGGUACGAAACAGUCUCAGGUGCCGGGAACCGGUUUAAAAGCCGCCUUACCAUCAAUUACUGAUUUAGGUGCAGAACAGCCCGAUGUAUUGCAACAGUGGCGAAAUGUUGCUGAGAACAAUUCAGGUUACAAGGCCGCGCACCGAAUUGCGUUUACUCAAAUGCAGACGGCUGCAACACAAGAAACUCAAGUAUUUAGUGGCGAUGAUGAUGUCCUUAUAGCCUUUCAAAAGGCAAAUGGGAUGCCUUUGAGUAUCCCUAGUACGCUUGAGGUGCUUCGAACUUUUCGUGAUGGUGAGGCAGAUGAUUUGGAUGUUCCAGUAGAAAAAUGCCCCGGUGUAUCGCUAGCAUUGCUGAAAACGAAACAAAAAAAGAAAAACGAAACCAAUUCUUCUGUGAGUCAGCCGAGCGCGACGCCAGUAUUGGGCUUAUCGUUACCGAUUGAUACGGAAGAUAUGGAAAAUCAACGUGAAGACGGUAAUCCAUCGCCCAAGUUGCCGUCAUCACCCGCGACAAACAGUAAUGCAAACACACCACCCAAUUUGUUUGGGUUGGAUCGUCGUGAUUCGGUGGAAACGGAGGAGCGUGCCGCCAUGUUGGCAAUUGUGGACGGUAUCAAUGAUGCUCGGGCUAACAAUGACCCGGAUGGCGCUAACAACAGUGUGACCUCUACCGACCGUCCAAACGAACCCUCGCUUGAAGGCUACCUUGCAAUGCUUGACCACCUGAGGGGUCUUCUAUAUCGUCGACGACCCUCUUCGAAAAUGGCGUUUCCCGCCGAAAAAGAAGAAAGAAUGGAAAAUGAACAAAAAAGGGAUGAUGAUGACGAUGAUGAGAAGGGAAAAAUAAUUAAGGUACCGCCGCCAUUUGUGGGGAAAAGGAACAGUGAUCUUGAGCCAUUACGGCCUGGAGGAAUUUCUUGCUCCACGGCCGAGGAUUUGUCAAAAUCACAAGGCCUGCAACAUACAAAGGCGUGGAACGCAUUGUGCGAGCAACAGGCGAAUCAAAUCUUGCAAUCAUUAGGCAAAGAUGAGGGGAAGCAGCCUCUAACUCCGGGCUUUAAGCCAAGCGUGGAGGAAUACGAAGACAAUGCCGAAGAGGAAAUAGAUGAAGAGGACAAUGAGUGA